AUGCCCUUUUUCGAAAAGGGUACAAAUUGCUUUUACCGCCAUCUCUUAUUAGUGGCUACCAUCGCAUGGUAAUUUAUCUUCUACUUCCCUAGGCAGCCCAUUUAGUGGCUUGACUCACAGACUCGGAAAUCAUCACUCGAGUACUAGUUAAUUGGCAUCCUAGGAUUACAUUUAGUAAAGCAAACUCAAUGAAUAAUUUAGGGUACGUAGUGGGCAGUCUAAGCUACCUCAUUAUAUGGAGCGUGAUGUGGUCCCUGUGGACAGGACGGAAAAGCUCAUCCCUAUUUUGGAGUGUGUGUCCCUGUGAGCACCAUAAAUUCUAGAGAGAAAGGACGUCAAGAAGUUUGCUUAAAACUCAUAACUCAUCCUUCCAAAACAGGAAAAGAAGUGCCCUUGAGUCGGUUUGCGACGAAAGGGGAAAGCAAGAGAAACGAUAUUUGUGCAUGAAAAGGAAGGGACAAAUGAAUAGAUGGCACCAAACCGCGUAAUUGCAAUGCCAGACGAAAUUGAGCUGGACAAGCACACGGACCACAAGACAAGGUACACUGCAUUUGCUACCAUUUAAAAAUCACCGCAAAUGCAAAGCCUAUCCAUCUUCAAGUCCCCCACCAACCCACACAUAUACACUCCUUUGGUCUUUCCUCUCUGCAAAGACAACCAAGUCCCCUCAACUAUAAUCAAAUCCAAAAUACAUUAUGUAAGCUCUGUCCGGACCCUAGAUUUUUUAUACGUACUUGGCAUUACUUCUAAGCUUUAUUGUGAAGUUUAGGCUGCGUUACGCACUUCUGAAAUAAAACUUUUGCGGAUAGACUUUUAUAGUUUAGUAAAAAUCAGCAAAGUCUAGAAGUAUCCAUUACCAUGCAAAUGCACAAAUCUAUAUGUGCUUUUGCCGAGCAUGAAGUCGGCGUAAGUAGAAUAUACAAAUGUCUAAUCACAUUGUAUUAAUAUAGGUGAACCAAUAAAACAAGUUAGAUUAUUUACUCUUAUCAAAAACAUUAAAAAUAAAAAAAUAAUAAUAAUAAAAUAAAGUCGACUAUUUGCU